AGGAGGGUAGAGACAGAAAGGGGGUUAGGGUUGAGAGACGAAAGAAGGGCGGAGGCAGAGAGUCCGACACCGGUACGGGGGACGGCAGAGGAGAGGAGCAGAGCUGGAGGGAACUGGGAAGAGAGAGAGAGUGAACUCUAAAUAAACACACAGUGAAAUAGAAAUAGAGAGGGAGCCGAAAAGAAUCGAGGCUGAGAACAACCCAAUUGCAACCAACCAACAACUGAGUGGCACUCGUUUUUCCUGCAAUUAGUUAAACAAGUUGUCGAAGUCAACGUAGUGCGGGAGAAAGCACUAGUUACCUUGAUACUUAGAUUCCCUAGAUGAAAAUGGGGAGUGAGAGUAAUUUGAAGACUUGGGUCUCUGAUAAGUUAAUGUCGUUGCUUGACUAUUCCCAGCCUACACUUGUUCAGUACAUUAUCGGACUAGCUAAGCAAGCAGCAUCACCUACUGAUCUACUGGGCCAGCUAGAAGAAUGUGGCUUACCAUCAUCAAGUGAGACCCAUUUAUUUGCUCAAGAAAUCUUCAGUAGAGUUCCUCGUAAAGCAUCUGGUGAAAAUCUUUACCAGAAACAAGAAAGGGAAGCUGCUUUCUUGGCUAGGAAGCAAAAGACUUAUGCAAUUUUAGAUGCUGAUGACAAUGAAGAUGACGCUGGUACUAGUUCAAGUGUUCAUCACCAUUCUUCCAGUGAGCCCAUUUCUGAGGCCAGAAAAGCAGAUAAACAUAAGAAACGAUUCAGGAAGAAGAUUGAAAGCGAAGAAGAUGAAGAUGAUGAGGUGAUCACACAUGUAGAAGAAGAGAGACGAGUUAAAAGGCGGACUUCUCAAGAUGAGGAUGAUGGUUCAGAGUCAGAGGAAGAAAGGUUGCGUGAUCAAAGAGAGAGGGAGGAUUUAGAGAGAAAUAUUAGAGAACGUGAUGCUGCAGCCACUAGGAAGUUAAUGGAGCCAAAGCUUUCCCAAAUGGAGGAAGAGGAGGCCAUACGAAGAUCUAAAGCUUUCGAGGAAGAUGACAUUAAUAGUUUAAGAAAAGUUUCAAGGCAAGAGUACUUAAAAAAGAGGGAGCAGAAGAAGCUUGAGGAACUCAGGGACGAAAUAGAAGAUGAGCAAUACCUUUUUGAUGGUGUGAAGCUUUCUGAAGCAGAAUAUCGUGAGUUAAGGUACAAAAAGGACAUAUAUGAGCUUGUGAAGAAGCGGACAGAAGAGGAUGAAAAUAUGGGUGAGUACAAAAUGCCAGAAGCUUAUGAUCAGGAAGGGGUUGUUGACCAGGAGAAGAGAUUUGCUGUGGCUCUUCAGCGUUACAGAGACCCUACUGCUGGGGAUAAAAUGAAUCCAUUUGCAGAACAAGAGGCUUGGGAAGAGCAUCAAAUUGGCAAGGCUACAUUGAAAUUUGGCUCCAAAAAUAAGAAGCAAACAGCUGAUGACUAUCAAUUUGUGUUUGAGGAUCAGAUUGAGUUUAUCAAGGCAUCAGUGAUGGAUGGUGACAAGUUUGAUAAUGAGCUGCCAACUGAGUCACCUGAGACAUCGAAGGCAAAAUCAGAAUUGGAGAAACUACAGGAGGACAGAAAAACUUUGCCAAUUUAUCCAUAUCGAGAUAAUCUACUUAAAGCUGUUGAAGAUUAUCAGGUUCUUGUUAUUGUGGGAGAAACUGGUUCAGGAAAGACCACACAGAUACCACAAUAUCUUCAUGAAGCUGGUUACACCAAACGCGGGAAGGUAGGUUGUACACAGCCUCGAAGAGUUGCUGCUAUGAGUGUAGCUGCUCGAGUUUCUCAGGAAAUGGGCGUCAAACUUGGGCAUGAGGUUGGUUAUUCUAUCCGUUUUGAAGAUUGCACGUCAGAAAAGACUGUGUUGAAGUAUAUGACAGACGGAAUGCUGUUGCGAGAAUUGCUUGGUGAACCUGAUCUUGCAAGCUACAGUGUGAUAAUGGUGGAUGAGGCUCAUGAAAGAACUGUGUCGACUGAUAUUCUUUUUGGAUUGGUGAAGGAUAUAGCACGGUUUAGAAAGGAUAUUAAAUUACUUAUUUCAAGUGCAACACUGGAUGCGGAGAAGUUCAGUGAUUUUUUCGAUUCUGCUCCAAUUUUCAAAAUUCCUGGGAGAAGGUAUCCUGUUGAGAUACACUACACAAAAGCGCCGGAAGCUGAUUACUUGGAUGCUGCAAUUGUUACUGUACUUCAAAUCCAUGUGUCACAGCCAGCUGGAGAUAUUUUGGUUUUUCUCACUGGUCAAGAAGAAAUUGAGACGGCAGAAGAAAUUUUGAAGCAUAGAAUAAGAGGCUUUGGGACAAAAAUUGCAGAACUUAUAAUCUGCCCUAUAUAUGCCAACCUUCCAACUGAACUUCAAGCCAAAAUAUUUGAACCUACCCCUGAAGGUGCACGCAAAGUAGUCCUGGCAACAAAUAUUGCAGAAACAUCAUUAACCAUUGAUGGGAUUAAGUAUGUCAUUGAUCCAGGUUUUUGCAAGAUGAAAUCUUAUAAUCCAAGGACUGGAAUGGAGUCUUUGCUGGUAACUCCCAUCUCUAAAGCUUCAGCUAAUCAACGUGCUGGUCGGUCUGGUCGAACGGGCCCAGGAAAGUGUUUUCGGUUGUACACUGCCUACAAUUAUUAUACUGAAUUGGAUGACAAUACACCACCAGAGAUACAACGGACUAAUCUUGCCAGUGUUGUUCUUUCUUUGAAGAGUCUUGGGAUUCAUGACUUGAUAAAUUUUGAUUUUAUGGAUCCACCACCAGCUGAGGCUCUACUGAAAGCAUUGGAACUUCUCUUUGCACUGAGUGCAUUAAAUAAACUUGGGGAGUUGACUAAAGUUGGUAGACGAAUGGCAGAGUUCCCUCUUGAUCCUAUGCUAUCAAAAAUGAUAGUUGCUUCGGACAAGUACAAGUGUUCAGAUGAGGUUAUUUCCAUUGCUGCCAUGCUUUCUGUGGGAAAUUCAAUCUUUUACCGUCCGAAGGACAAACAAGUUCAUGCUGAUAAUGCAAGGAUGAAUUUUCAUACUGGGAAUGUGGGUGACCAUAUUGCUUUAAUGAAGGUUUACAAUUCUUGGAGGGAAACAAAUUACUCAACACAAUGGUGUUAUGAAAAUUAUAUUCAGGUCAGGAGCAUGAAGCGUGCCAGAGACAUUAGGGACCAAUUAGAAGGUCUUUUGGAGAGAGUUGAAAUUGAACUAACAUCCAAUUUAAAUGACUUAGAGGGUAUAAAAAAGGCCAUAACAUCUGGAUUUUUCCCUCAUUCAGCUAGGUUGCAGAAAAAUGGUUCUUAUCGGACUGUGAAGCAUCCACAGACUGUCUAUAUACAUCCAAGCUCAGGGUUGGCACAAGUGCUCCCAAGAUGGGUUGUGUACCAUGAAUUGGUUCUUACUACCAAGGAAUAUAUGAGACAGGUAACUGAACUGAAGCCAGAUUGGUUGGUGGAAAUAGCCCCACAUUAUUACCAGAUGAAGGAUGUUGAGGAUCCUGGAUCAAAGAAAAUGCCAAAGGGACAGGGGCGUGCAGCAGAGUAACCGGUGGCUUCUUUUGGUUUGAGAGGGGCAUAUGAUUGCUUCCGUAUAGAGAAAGAACAACUUGGUUUACAACCAUGGGGACAAGGAGAGGACAACUGUAAAUACAAUUUUGUUCGAUUUAGUUUACGCACUUUGAUUAAGUUAUCUUAGUUAAAACACACUGAAAUUGUAUUGUAAGAUCAUUCUGUUGUAUGACUCAAUCAUAAUAGGAAAUUCCUUUUACCGGAUAAAA